AUGCCACCAAGCAGUUGGUGUGAGGAGCCAGAGUUUCACUCCCCAACACAGACUCUGCUUUGCCAGACGCUCGCUAUGGAACUCCUAGAGACCAACCCAUAUAUUUUUACAGAUCGGUUCUAUGAUGGGGAAAACUACCUGAGCCCACACUUACACAGCUAUGAGCAGGCUGCCUAUCAAGACCGAACGGCCAUGACACUUUGUCCCGAUGGCCGGGCAGGUAUAGAAGAGAAAGUCUCUAUUGUGCCAGACCAUAGUCCUGGCCAGUGUCUGCCUUGGGCAUGCAAAGUGUGCAAGAGGAAAAGUGUGUCCAUCGAUAGGCGCCGUGCUGCCACCCUAAGAGAGAAGCGCCGGUUGAAGAAAGUCAAUGAAGCCUUUGAAGCUCUGAAACGGAGCACUUUAUUAAACCCAAACCAGCGGCUUCCCAAGGUGGAGAUCUUGCGCAGUGCCAUCCAAUACAUUGAACGCUUACAAGCUCUGCUCAGUACCCUCAAUCAACAGGAACGGGACCAACCGGAACUACGCUUCUGUAAUGCCAGCACCCAGCCAGUGGUGCCAAAUGACCAUGGAUCCAGUAGCACCUCAUGCAGUCCGGAGUGGAGCACUCACUUAGAGUUCAGCACUCAUCCUACAGAUCAUCUGCUGAGUGAUGAUUCUUCUGAAGACAGCAAUCUUCAUUCUCUGUCUUCAAUUGUGGAUAGUAUUGUGGUAGAGGAUGUGGCUGUUGCGUUCCAAGAAGAGAGGUCUCAGAACUGAAGCAGUGGCAAACAGUGGCCAUCUCUUCACUUUUUUAAAGGUCAUCACCAGCACAGUGUAAAGUAGAAGAAACAGAAUACUAGGACUUUAUAAUUAGGAGGCAUUUCUAUUCUCACUAAUACUGGAUAAUAUUCCAAAAAGGGAAAAGUUCCCAGCUAACACUGGAUGGCAUUUUGUUUCCCAACCCUGACUGUUCCAGAUCACAAAUAAAGCCACUUAUCCGAUUCCAUAUGCCUGGAAGUGGUUUUGGUUUGUUCGUUUGUUUAAUCCCUUAUACCUAGGCAAGCUAGUGAGAAAGAUGCCUAAUCAUACUCAUUUAAGUAUCUGCCUGGUUUUCAAAAUGAUAGAAUAUUGUGACUUCAAUGAAAAAAUGUGGAUCUUAUUUACUCUAAAAAUUGGAUUGGAAUAGGAUGUUCAAUGUCUUUUGAUGUAUUAUUGCAAACACUAAUUAAGGUUGAAAGAAAUAACAAAACAGCCUGCUAAGGAAGAAUUUGUUUCCUUCCCUGUUUUCAGAAAUGUUGUUCCUUUGGGGGCCAAUUAUUAUUGUUUUUUUAAUUGUGGGUGUGUGCAAAUAUGUGUGUGUUUUUAAAAUAUGCUAUCUGACCAACUUCUUUUGGCAGUUAGUUUGCAAUUUCCAGGCACAGAAGCUAUAUAAAAUGCUGCCACCAAAGUUUUUUUUCUUUUCUUCUUUUUUCUUUUCUUUCUUUCUUUUUUUACUGUGUGCAGUUACCAUUUUUGUAU